AUGGUGACCGUUCCUGCGCCUGUCAAACAGCUCUUUGACACAUUCCCCCUCGCCACAUACCCCCCUGUUCCAAACAGCACUCCCGAGGGCCUCCAGGAAACCGAAUCAAACAAGUUUUAUUUUGGAGGACCCACUACUCCACACCACUUCACUUUGGCGGUGCACAAUGUGUUUAUUCUAGAAGGAAGCGCUUCUAGAGUAGUGCCGAGUGAUCCUGUCUCUCUUGGCCAAGCGUUGAUUUUGUCAUACAAGAACAAGUUGAAGUUACCAAGACUGAACGAAGUGUCAGCAUCACCUAAUGCAAUAGCAAAGGUGUCGUUCCACGCCUCCCCCGAUAACCAACUACCCAUUCUCAUCGAGGAGCAGAAAGAGCAAAGAAAUAUCAGGACCUAUGCUGCAAUCAACCAUAGCAUCUUGAGCAAGAACUUCCAGGGUCAAGACCCCGAGUUACUAGCAAUUAAUGAAUUGAUUGACACCAAGUUGUUUGACUUGUGGAUUUUGACCCUUCUCAGCGAAAAGUUGGAUGAGGACACACUCUCCAAAUUGUUUCAAUUCCACGGAAUCGUGGGAAAGUUGGCGUCCUUCGACUUAUACCAAGAGAUCCCUAACUGGCAGGCAUUCAAAAUCAGACAUCCUGAGUUGUUUGAC